AUGCUUUGGGCAGUUCUACCUCCUUACUUAGUUUGUAAAUCUAAAAAUAUGUACGAUACUUGGAUGGAAGUAGACCAGAAGGAACCCGUUAAAAUCGCUCAAAGAUGGGGUGAUUUGAGAGCCCUAUAUUUUAAGAUUGGAAUCGGUUUUUACAAAGAGUGCUUUUAUAAUAAGAGUCCCGGACUGUGUAUAAAAGAAAAAACGUUGACAGCUUUGAACGAAAGCAUUAUGGACGAAAGACCGAUAUAUUUUGGACUUUUCGAAAUUAAGAAAAAUCCUGAUUAUUUUUUAAAUCAAACGACCGAUUUAGAUACAGGAGAGGGGAUAGCCAGGAGUGAGAAAUUAAGUGAUGCUUUGAUGCAGAAAUUCGAGCAAUUUUUAAAGUCAAGGUCCAUAAAACUAAACUUGUCAAAUGCUUUCGAAGGUAGAAAAGGAGGCGGUGGUGGAGGUGGAGGAGGUGGCAAAAAAGGAGGGGGUGGAGGAGGAGGAGGUAGCCUAAUUAUAUUGGCAAUUUGUGGAAUGGGAGCUAUGAUGGUGAAUAUGGUUAUGGGAAAAAUGGCAAUGAUGGCAGGUUCUGCUUUGAUGAUUGCAAAAGUUUCCCUGCUCCUUUCCCUUAUAAUGCUGGUUAAGAAGAUGCAAGAGAAAGGAGGCGGUGGCGAAGAGAAGCACAUAGUUUAUGCAGACGCUGGUCACAGCCACGGUGGAGGAGGAUAUGGAGGAGGCGGAGGUUGGCAUAGAAGUUUGGAUGAUGCUCAAAAUAUUGUCUAUAAAGGCCAAUGGACUGCCUCAACUGAUAAUGGUUCGGGUUUAUGA